AUGUUAUUAUGGGUCAGCUUGUCUAAACAAGAAAAAGUAAAAAUGGCACUUUUCCUCAAUCAGCCAAAUUGGAUUAGGCUGAAUUUCUCAGGAAUCUACUUCUCCAAGAAAGAGAUAACAAGUAUUUAUUUUAGAUGACAGAGAUACGCUUAUAGCAAAUUAUAUGAAUUUUCUGUUUUCAGGCAGAAAAUAAUGCAAUGCAGACAUCAAAGAAAGAGUAGAAGAAACUCGCUAUGAGAUCAAAAACUUGAAAAAUUAUAA